GAUUUUAGUUUCUAUUCGUCGAAUUAUGCCCAAGGCUAGAUGGUUCGCCUAAUUCAUACGUAUCGUGAAAGGAAUAGAAUCGGGGACUGGCUCUCGACGCAUUGUCUUUGAGCAAAAUUACAUUCAUAUUGUCUUUGAGCAAAGUUGAAAUAAGAGAAAUUUUGGGCCUUAGAAAAUCAAACUCCCGUUUUUCUCCCAUCUGCAGUCAGCUUUGCCGCCUUGUUUCCAUUUCUCCCUGAGAAUUGCCGUCAAUAUUCCCAAAUUUGAACCACUCGUAAUUAAAUUAGAGUUUCCAAAAUUUCCCUCAAGGAACAGAAAAACUUCAAAAAUAAGCUACGAAUUGUAACCUUUGUUGCAAAUGGAGCGGGUCAAUAAGUAAAUUUAUUCAUCAAAGAGCCAACUGUUCAUAGUGCUCAACCACCUAGCGUACCAAAGAAAAAAAUAACGUAUGCAUUAAGGGGCGGAGGUUGCUAGUAGUUAGGGUGUUCCAUGGCACACCUUUGGAUUGUGACUAUCACAUAAAAAAUAGGGGCAUUAGUUUAUGCUACAACUAGGAUUUAAUAUGGAACCCCUUGUUAUUAACUUUGGCAUCUUCCAUUAAACCAUAAUUAUUUACGCGAUACACUAAUACAUUUUAUUGUAUAUAUAUAAUUAAUUUACGGUUUACAAAUAAUAAGUAAAUUAAAUUAAAAAACUCAUAAUUGUAUCCUUAUCCAGUCAAUAAUCUAAAAAGUUAUAUCUAUUAGAUGAAGAGAUAUAAGAGGUUCACUGGAGUAAAGGGGAUUGUUGAGCUUUCUAGUAAGAUGGUUUCUACAAAGCGCCAUCUAAAAUUUCCAUCUGUGUAUCAUCUUGUGAAGUUAUCAUUGCUGCUACCAGUCGCCAUUGCAAGUGUUGAAAGAGUAUUUUCGGCAAUGAACUACGUGAAGAACACUCUUCGGAGUCGAAUGAGUGAUGAUAUCAUGAAUGAUUAUUUGGUAGGAUACAUUAAGAGUGACAUUCUUGAUACUAUAGAUGAUGAAUGUAUUUUACAGACUUUUCAAACUAUGAGAACGCGUCGUGGGUCACUAUAAAAAAUCUAUAGUCAUUUUAAUUUUUUAAAUUGGCACCUCCUUAUCCAAAAUCCUGGCUACGCCACUGUAUGCAUUAUACCUUUUGUUGCAAAUGGAGCGAUCUCUAUUGAUUGAUCCACAUGUUAGAUAUGAAUUCAAAGUUCACUCACUGUAUUUCAGUUAACCUAUGCUUGUAAUUACAUUAAUUUAUGAAUAAGAGAUUGAAGUAAAUAUUUACCAAAAAUAUAUUUCUUUCUUUUUGUUUAGAAGAUGGGACACUAAUUGCAUUACGAAUUCAUAGCACAACCACAUAAGUCUUCAUUUUCUCAUAUCCUAAUUGACAUAAAUCAAAAUCAAAUUAAUUAGAUGUAAAAGUCAAAGCUAAAAACAAAAAGUAGCUAAAAGUAGAAUAUACUAUUAAUGAGACCAAAAGCUACGCCAACCCUUAAUAUCCCUCACAAUACUAAAUCUGGCACCAAGCCUAUCAAUCUCCUUAUAAAUAAGGUUACCAUCAACUCCAAGUUAAUCAAAGAAAUUAACAAUUAUUUAGUGUCUUAAAUAAUCCACUUCCUGUAUUGGAGAGUGGUUUCUGCCUGAGCUAAUAAUCAAAUUUUUUUCGGCUUAGCCAAAGGAAUAAAACUAUUUUUUUUCUUUUACCUUUAAUUUUUCAUUUUGGGUCGGGGGUUCUUUUCAAUUGUUAAGGUUCAAAAAGGGAAAAAACUAAAGUUAAAAAAUGAAGGGCUCAUCAAUGACAACAGUAGUGCUACUAUUGGUGAUGGUAAUGUGUGGAGGAAUGAGCAACGCUCAUGAUGAUCAACCUCCACAAAGCGUGUUCGAUAUCACAAAAUACGGUGCAGUUUGCGACGGAAAAACUGACAUUUCUAAGGCCCUUACCAAGGCAUGGUGCGAUGCAUGCGCGUCAUCUUGUGCAUCCAAAGUGGUGAUCCCACCAGGAGACUACCUGUGUGGGGUUACCAACCUAGCUGGUCCGUGCAAGGCCCCAAUCGAGCUUGAAAUUAAUGGAAACCUCAAGGCGCCCUCUGUUAUUAAGGGUGAAGACUGGCUCGUCGUUCAAUAUGUGAAUGACGUCAAGAUCUUCGGUACCGGCACUCUAGACGGCCAAGGAGGACAAUGCUGGGAGAAAAAGGGCGACCGCGCACCGAACAUGAGGUUCCAGAACAUCAACAACGGCUGGGUAGAGGGACUGACUAGCAAAGAUAGCAAGUUCUUCCACAUGAGCACCUUAUAUGUGAAGAACAUGACCCUGACCAAGUUGCACAUGAUUGCUCCGGCGGAAAGCCGCAACACCGACGGAAUCCACAUCAGCAGAUCCUCUUGCAUCACUGUCACAGACUCCACCAUUGCCACCGGCGACGACUGCGUCUCCAUGGCCGAUGGCCUCGACACAAUCACCAUAAGGAACGUCAAGUGCGGUCCUAGCCAUGGCAUCAGCAUUGGCAGCCUUGGCAAGUACGUUACCGAGACACCGCUCAAGUCAAUCACCAUUCAGAACUGCACCAUUGCCGACUCCGACAAUGGGAUUAGAAUCAAGUCAUGGCCCGACAUGUUUUCUACCUCCUUGACUGACGUCCAUUUUGAAGACAUCAUCUUAGAAAAUGUCGACAACCCGAUCAUCAUUGAUCAGAUGUACUGCCCUGAUGGCGCAUGCAAGUCUAAGGGUCCAUCGAAGGUUCAGAUCAGUGACGUGUUUUUCAAGAACGUGAAGGGAACUUCCAAGUGCAAGGAGAUCAUCCAGUUGAUCUGCAGCAGCUCUCACCCUUGCCAAAAUGUACAGAUGUGCGAUGUUGACAUCACCUACGAAGGAGGUGUUGGACAGGCAGUUUGUGAGAAUGUUAAGCCUGUAAUUUCAGGAGUCAUGAACCCAAAAGGGUGCUAGAUGAUAUAUGUAACUACUACGUUCUCUGGGCACAACAAUAUUAAUGCAUGCAUGCCUAGCUAGCUUUCCCUCCUCAACUAUUGACACUUUCUUCCUGUUUAUAUUUUCCCCGACCCAUUUAACGCAUUGGGAUUUUGGCCCUUUGUGUAGGGAAUCACUUUGUAAUAUCCAGAAUUAGAGGUGUUUUAUAAUCUAUUAUAUUAGUUUUUACCCGGCCAGUGGGCUGGAUAAAUCUUAUUUAUAAAAUUUUCAUCUUGUUAUCAAGUUUGUUAAUUUCUAUUGAACCAUUAACUCGGUCAUUUGACUGGAAGAGUUAAAGGUUCCACCAGGGUGAACCCGAUUCCUAAUUUUAUCUUAUUUGAAAUAUUUAUUAGGCAAAUAUAUGAUGAUAUCUUAAGGACUAGAAUGUAAUGUAUUUUACAGGUAUCAAAUGGUUGGGUCAACUGACUAAUCCAAUAUUUUUCUAUUUUUAAAUAUAUAUUAUGUAUUUAUUUGAUAUUAUAAUGUAUUUUUUUAUCAUUUGGUAUUUUUUUAGUGACAAAUAAACAAAAAAACUUCAUUUAGUAAUUUUUAACAUUAAAAGAACCAUAUGUUUUUCAACUUUCUUACAAAUCUCUUUCUAUCAGUGACAAACUUUUGUUCAUUACCUUCCCAUUUCUCACUUUCGGUCCAUUCUUUUCUAUUUAAGUUUCCAUUCCAGUUCAAUUCUAAUUUCACUGCAAUCUCUAUUUCGAGUCAUCCAAACAACGCCUUUCUUCUUCUUUUUUCCCAAACUUCCCUAUCUCUCAAGGGUGGUGGCCUUCAAGAAAGGACAAAUUUUAUGCUCGUGGCUUUCAGUGGCAAAAAAGGUGAAUCAAUCAGAGGCGACAAAUUGGCUUAAAGUGGUGAGAUCAAGGCUUACAUCCCUCAUGGAGUAUAGACCAUGGUGUUUACUGUUUAGUGUUGUUUAUAUGUCUUCUAAAGUUUCGACUUGAAUGUUGCUGUCCUUCUGAUGUGCUUAAUUUUGAUUUCACCCUCAAGGCUUUGUCGCUUCAUUAAGCUUUUUUUCUGACUACGAGGUUUGCCUCCUAAUGGCGUUGGUUGUGGUCGACCUGUACUUGGAUUCUCUUGGCGUUUUGUUGUGCUGCCAGUUGUGGCCUUCUUUACUGAUGUGGAUGGUUGAUGUAGAUAAGACCUUGCUUCAUGGAUUUGGUGAUGGAUUUGAUGAUAGAUUUGGAUUCAUUAUAGAAUUUAUCCAAAAUCUAUUGUUUACUUGAUGCAUUUAGGGACAACAAAUCCGUGGGUCCCACGAAUGUUAAAGGUCCAAAUUCGUGGACCCCACGGAUUUGAAAUAUCCACUUAUUUAGGUGGGAAUUGAUCAUGGACUUUGAACUCCAUCAUUUAAGACCAAACUAUCUCACCUAUUUCAUUUCUCUUCUCAUACCAAUGAGUGCAAUAAAUGUAAAUUUCACUU